UGGGUAAGUUAAGGGGAUAUCACAGGAGAACAAUGUGUGGAUGUAGAUGAAUGUGCCGAUGGAAGAUGUAGAGAGGGCUGCCAGAACCUGCCUGGCUCAUGGAGGUGUACAUGUCCUCCUGGGUACAUACAGACUUAUGCUUGGGGACAGUGUGAAGACACAGAUGAAUGUACAGAAGGUUCUAUCUGUGGAGUAUCACAGUGUAUUAAUAUGCCUGGUAGUUACAGUUGUCAGUGUAAUACAGGGAUGGACUUUGAUCCUAACUCAUUGUCAUGUAUCACUUUGAAUGCUUGUGGUACUGAUCCAUGUCUGUUUGGUUGUGCUCCUACAGUGUCAUCCUUUACAUGUGGAUGUCCUAAUGGAUAUCAUAGCAUGGGACAAGGGCAUUGUGUACUGGCAGUAGAACCAACAUUACAACCUGGUCAGAACAUACCUCAUGUAGCAGCCCCAACAGGGGGACCAGGUGUCCCUCCAGGAGAAGGCUGUUAUGGCUGUGAUAUAGAAAAUAAAGACUUGCCUCUAUCAAAAAGAGCAAAAAGAAGUAUACAGGAUAACAACACCAAUAUGAACUCUACAAUUGAUGAGCCCUUGGAUCCAUCAAAACCAUUAAUACUAACAGUCCCAAGGUCACAGAUCAAACCAAAAAUGACAAUAUUGAAAGUUUUACCAGCUCUCGUAGCUCUCAAAGAUAAUGUACGGUAUAAAUUAGCUAAAGGAAGCGGGAAUAGAGUAUUCUUAAUGAAUACCAGGAAAGGAGUCAGUUCUUUACAGUUCAGGAGAAAAGUACGAAAGCAAAGAACAUUUAACCUUGACAUUGUAGCUCGUCCAAGAAUAAAAAGGGAAAAAAUUGGUGGCAAACUUGUACAUCUAAAGAAAGUUGAUAUUCGUUUAACUGUAUCUAUAUUAUGAGGAUUGUUAUUUUAACAUUUAGCAAUUGACUGCCAGAUUCCAGUUCAUACAUUGGAUAAAAGUGCCUUUAAAACGUGUAUUGUUUGGGUUGAAAUGUUCAAAUUCAGGUCUAACUGAGAAAUGUAUGGUGUUUUAUGCAACAAAAGUUUUUCUGAAUAUUUAUAUGCUGUUCAGGUCGCUAUAAUACUUUCAGGUACCACUGACUAAUUCUCAGUAUUAAUAAAAUGUUUUAUUUUCAAAUAAAGAAUUUUUAAAGAUAGAUAUGUAUGUAAAAAGUAGUUAGGAGUAGAUAUAUUUGGAAAUCUCUCAGGAUUUUAAGGAUAGGUGCCAGUUAUAAUGAUAUGAAAGUAUUAUAGAUUAUGUGAGUCACAAAGACCAAGAUUAUGACUGAUUUUUUGCCCAUGUUUAUUAGAAGAACUACUUAAAGGGACGAUUUGGCCUUGAAAACAUCAUCAAUAAUUAAACCCACUAUCAAAAAGGGUCAAUUUCUACCAGCUCUUAUAAAGACCAGCAACUUUUGAUAUUUUUUUUUUUAUUCUAGAUGAUUUGAAUCAUAUUUGUUUUUAUUUGGGAAAAUAUAGAUACAGCAUUAAAUAAUUUGUAUUAAAUCACAUAAUUUGCAUUUAUAUGUAUAUUUCACUCAUUGUUUUGUGUGUUUGGUAUGAGGUUAAGUACACAUCUUAGGUCAUCCCUUGUCAGUUGAUGAAAGUAAACCGUUAAAAUUAACAAGAACUAUCAUCCCUUCAAGUCAUUAAAAAGAAAAAAGUUUUGUUAAAUAUUAUUUUGUAUAAAACAGAUAUAUUAAAUUUUUGAGCGCAUUUCCUGAAGAUUGCAAAAGAUGUUGACCAUUGGUCAGACAAUAAGAUAAUAGUUUCAUGGUGUGAUACAGUUUGAUCAUGUACAUUUUUUAUGAUACAUAAGAUAUUUAGGUUAGGUGUUUUUCAUUUUCUAUUUGUAUUAUUUUAGCUAGAAAAAAAUAUAGCUGUUUCAAAAACAUAUUAUAAAGCUUUAAUUUAAACAUUGAAAUCCAUAUGGUUUCAAAAAAUGCAUUUUUUGUAAAAAUGUGUAUGUGCCUUAGAAUUUUAGAAAAUGCACCAUUUGUAUUUAUAUCUGUAUUUAUAUUAGGCAAGGUUCAUGCUAAUCAUAUAUAUUUUGAUUGUAUUUUCUGCUUUUUUUAAGAUUCAGAUGUAAAGUAGUUUGUUGUGUAACUGCAUGUACAGUAACAUGUAUAAAUGAGUGCUUUCAGAUAUAUAAAAUGUGUUCUAGUUAUUCUAGAUGCUCUAAAUCAAUUAAUAAACUAUAAUUUUGUUA